AUGGGACCUAACUGGGAACACAACUACUACGCCCGCCGAUCGAAGGCGCAUAUAACGACGAAGACUACCCUACGCCCGAGAAUCGAGUGGACGAAAAGGCGGACGCCCGAGCCAACCUGCGUGCGAAACGACGAAAUCGACUGGACAAUACUCCUGACAGCGAGGAAGAAGCAAAGGAAUACCAGGAAGAACAGCGAUGCUGGACACAACCCUACCAAGCAGCUCGGGAUAGGGACCUUAUUCAAGCGGACCAACGACGCCAAGCAGCGGAGGUUGAAGGCCCAGAAUCAACCCCAGUGGACCUUCAUUGGUGGUGACAGACGUCCAACCCCUCGGAUCACCUGUAUGGACAGAAUCUUCCUGGUCAGAUGGAUGAAGAAGCGGGAAACAUAUGAGGACAAGCUACUGGCAAAUGCGCAACUCAUGGGUGGCGAGUGGCGACGGAGUGCUGUGGGGUGGAUCCCAUCCACUGACCGCUGCCUCCUGAAGGCUACAUGCACUUAUGUGUGGCGAGUACCUGUGGAACAACUUGGUGAGGACGAAUACCGUGACCGCAUCAUGGAAAUCGUCGGGCAACCAGCGACCAAGUGGACACCCACCAAGUCGGGCAUGCACACAUACUGUCGUGCGCUGAGCGUUGAUACCCAUGGCGACGUGACCAGUCGCCUGGCAUGGACACCCACCAAGUCAGACAUGCAAACAUACUGUCGGGCGCUGAGUGUCGACCCCCAUGGAGACGUGAUCAGCAGCCUGGUGUCAUUUAUGGAGAGGGUUGGUGAUGUGAUCGACGAGAACGGUUUACGUCAACAACUCAAGGACCCGACCAUGGUGAGAACGUUCGUGAAGGUAGUAGCAGCGCGUGUCACACCCAGCUACCUGCUCGACAGAGUAGAAGAGCAAAUGAAGAUCAUGCCGGCAAACAACCUGGUGGCCUUUGCCGACAUCCUACGCGAACAGCUCGAUCGAACGCACGAUGCGGACAUGGUCAAUCAGCAAAUGAACAGCUACGGUUCAAAGCGGAAGGGCGUCGCAUUACGAAACAUGCGAAGAAAGCCAACCAAGCUGUUCGAGACCAGCGGGAAUUCCGAGGAAAUUACCCACGUCCACCAGCAGCCCGGACACAUAGCCCGGGAAUGUCCCAACAAAAAAGACGGGGAUAGCGGCGAUACAAGCUGGAAGAAGGGCAAGAACGCCGUCAAGCGGUUCAAGGCGCGGGAGCGCAAAGCGAAUAUGAAAGCGAAGCAGAUGAAGAAGCCCCCACCGCCCACCAUGGAAGAUGAUGGGCGCUGGGUGCGGCUGAACAGUGUGCUGAAAGUUCCUUACUGCCCGGACACCGGUGCAUACCAGAACAUUAUGCCACAAGCCAUGGUGGAUGUACUUCAAGCGUUACAGCCCUAA